GUGUAUGCCACUGUAUAGCUGCGUAUAGCCUCGCUGAGAAGAUGUCAUGGCUUGACACAGGGACAGGACAUCGUAGCGCAGUGCUUGGUCGUUCAGGCUUAAGAUGGGAACAGGAGCCUCCAUUUCUAUCUGUCAAUCAUUAUCUUCCAUUGAAAUUAAACACUGCACAAAUAAAGUUGGACCAAGCCCCCAAAGAACCUUUGGUGUUCCUCUAGGCAGCUGUAUUCAGGAUGCGGUAGACAGUCAAGUUCCUUUGGUUGUUAAACACCUGGUAGAAUAUUUAGAAGAAUUCGGACUGGAUCACAAAGGCCUGUUUCGCACCAGCGGCUCAGCCACCAAAAUCAAGGAACUGAAGCAGAAAUACGACCGAGGAGAAGAACUGGAUCUCGUUAAUGAAGGAGAUGUAGACUCAGCCGCCAGCCUUCUGAAACUUUUCCUGAAUGAACUCCCGGUUGCCGUUUUCCCUGAAGAUACAUGUGCUGCUGUUUUGGCCACUUUCGAAGAGAAUAUAAACCACAUGGCAGAAUGUACGAGAUGUCUGAAAACCUUACUCAGUGACUUGCCAAAAGCCCACUAUCACCUUUUCCAUUACCUUGUUACGUUUCUGACCAAGGUGUCGUUGCACAGUGACGUGAACCUCAUGACGCUGGAGAACCUGGCCAUCGUAUUUGGCCCCACCCUUUUUAGAAUUCCUUGCGGUCCUUUAGCUUGUGAGAAGCAAACAUUUUGCAAUUCUGUGCUCCUGCAUGCUCUCCGGCACUAUGAAGAACUGCUUGCCGGUUGUUCUGACAGCCAUUUCUCAGUGGCAGAAGACAGAAACCCUCAGAGUUCAGGAACAGUUUUACCAUAUACUUGUCUAGACUGA